AUGGAACUUGCGGCGCCAGAAGCUGCUAGGGAGAAUCCAGAUGGGGCGAAGCUGCUGGGGAACCGGACAUCGAAAUUCCCGGGAGCCCUCAAGUCGCCCCUCGGUCGCGAGGCUGAGUGGCAUGAGCGCCCUCUCCCGGCGCUGCCGGAGCAACCAGCCGCCGGGGAAAAGUUGCUGGGCCAGCAGUACCUAUGUAGGUCAGGCUGCGGCCCUGGGGAAGAAACCUUUGCCAAGACCAAUGACCCUGCAGUUCACAAAGCUUUCAGGUGUCGGAAUUGUGGGCUGGCUGUAGCCAGCCUCUCUGACCUCAUUCACCAUCAAAGCAGCCAUGGGUGUGACCGGCCUUACAGCUGUCCAGAGUGUGACAAAAGCUUCCGGCGUGGCUCAGAUCUGGUUAAGCACUACAGGGUGCACAGCGGUGAGAAGCCUUACCCCUGCCCAGAAUGUGGCCGUCGCUUCAGCCUCAGCUCUAAUCUCACCAAACACCGGCGUUCUCACUCAGGUUUCAGACCUCAUAAGUGUUUGGAGUGCGGAGAGGCUUUCGGCCGCAGCGCAGACCUAGCAAAACACGUGCGGGUGCACACUGGGGAGAAGCCCUAUGCUUGUGCCGAGUGUGGUAAGACUUUCAGGGUCAGCUCCAACCUGAUCCAGCACCAGCGUACUCACACCGGCGAGAAACCCUACCGCUGCGGACUCUGUGGCAAGAGUUUCAGCCUGAGCUCUAAUCUUUUACAGCACCAGCGCUGUCACACAGGUGAGAAACCCUACUUCUGCGCCUGGUGUGGAGACAGCUUUGGGCGCAGUUCCUAUCUGCUGGAACACCAGCGUUCACACACAGGUGAGAAGCCCUACAAUUGCUGUGAGUGUGGUAAGAACUUCACCAACAGCUCAAACUGCCUCAGGCACCAGCGCACGCACAAUGGAGAACCACCUUUCAGGUGUCUUGAAUGUGGACGUGGCUUUGCUGAGAACACCAUGUUCAUUGAACACCAGCGCAUCCACUUGAGCAAAUGACCGAAUGUGGCAAAAUCUUAUACCACAGCUCCAUUAAUGUUCACACAUGGGCAAAAAGCCCUGCAAGUUUCCUGGUUGCCGGUAGUAUUUUGUGGACAACACCAGCAUAUCCACACAGGCCAAAGAUACCUUACUCCUGUUGAGGAGUACAGUAGCAAGAGGAUGAAGGUGAACCACAGGGGAUCAUACAAGAAGGCUUUGUUCUAGAGAAAGGACCAAGGAAUUUGAAUUUGUGGUUGUUACAUAAGAUCUGGGUGUAGGAUCCCAGUCAGUACACUCUCACCACUUAAUAACGGUCUUUACUGUUCACUCUAGGAUGGUGGGGAAUGAGGUGAAAGCAAAGAAACAGACUGAGUGCAGGAUGUUUUAUGGUAUUUCUAGGCAUGGGCAAAGGCCCAAGAUUUGUCAUCUGGCCCUUUCCUAGUCCUCAAUUCCUUCCCUCAAAAAAUUCCCCUGCCCCCCCCCCACAAACACUUCCUCACCCCCCCUCAGUGAAGGAAUAGUGAAGACUUCUGGACUUUGGAGAUUGUGGCCUUUUUGUCUGACAUAGAGGCAGGUUGCCCACCCAAAUAUCUUUCUACUGCUAAAAUCAGUGUAUCUGAGAGCUGGGAGGUUUCCCAAAGCACCACAGUCUUUAGUCAGAGCACAGUCCAAGCAGGGGCUGCCUGGUGCCCUGAGAGGCAUGGACUAAGCUUUUUAAGGUUGAGGAUGGAGUUUUCUGUUUCAAAGACCUAAUAAGCCCUUUGUGACAAUCCUUCCAUCCUUAACUGCAAACUCCUGUUCCCUGCCUUCCAGUUUUGCUGCCAUUUAUUUAACUUGUGGCAUCUGGAACUGCCUAUAUAGAGUGAGAGGCUGAAGAGGAAGAAUGUCAAGUUGCCCGGCCUCAGUUUCUAGGAGUCCAGGCUCGUCUCCUCCUAGCUUUGUGACCCUUUACCUCUUCUGGGUCUCCGUUGCUUCAUCUGUGAAACAUGCAGUAUACCUCACCAGGCUGUGAAGACUCCAUGAAUAUACCUACCUUCAUGAAGUACCUGGUUAGGGGAAUGGCUCAGUAAGCCUCAGUUCUGAAUCUGGAGUCCUGUUGGUUGUAUCAUUCAGAAAGCAUCAUGGCAGCUCAUGGGUCAGCUUCUAAGAUUACAGAAAUGAACUAGACACUCCUGCAGUAUACUAUUGUCCCAUAAAGGCAGUGGGCCAGUAAUAACAGAUACAGGCAUUGGAGAAGGGGUGUCACCUGGAGCAAAUCUGAAAAGCAUGACCAAGGUGACGUCUAGUGAACAGCUUUGCCUCCUCAAGCUGGGUAGGAGAAACUUACUCCAAGCAGGAGUAAGUAAUUAAAGAAAUGAUUCUUGAUGUAUUCCCAUCAACAGUACUUCAAAAAAACACAACUGAAGGUUUGAGUUGAAUACCUGAGCAUAGCACAUACAUAGUUGGCACUCAAUAAAUAGUUAUGUUUGGGUUCUGUUUACACUUCUUACAUGUCUUUGGCUCUGUUACAAUGAGAGAAUGUAAAUGUUCUACCCAUACCUCUGCGUGUGUGAAGCAUAUGGCACAGGUGAGAGCAUGGAAGCAAAAUUUCUUAGGGGAGCUAAAAGCUACCUUCUCACAUUACAGCAGGUAAUCCCCGAACCUACUCUCUUUACUGCAGAAAAGAAAAAAAAAAAAACUUCCCUGACCAAACAUAGAAGCAGAUUUCAGAAGCAGGAGAGAUAUUAUCCAAGUAUGUGACCAGCUUGUAGGCCAGAAAUGCCAGUUGUCUGACUGUGUCUGUUUAUGUUACAAUUGAUACAAAACUUCAAUCAAACUGCACAUUCAAAUUUAGAUUUCUGGUUUUUCUGUUUGUAUAAAGAAGAUUAAUCCAUCAAUGUUUGACCUUUUUUCUUUUUAGAGUUAAUUUUUAUAUGUCUAUGCUGAGGUAAGUUUGUGUGUACCACAUGCAUGCAGGUGUCUCGUGGCCAGAGGGGACUGGAUUCCUUGGAACUGGAGUUAUAAGCAUUAAUAUGCUGAUGCUGGGAACCAAACUCAAGUCCCUUGCAAGAAUGGUAGGCAUUCUUAACUGCCAGCCCAGCAUAAGAUCCUAAUAGAGCAAUGAUUUCUUUGGUAGUGGCUGUCCCAUCAUUCUUAUUAUAUUUCUGGCUCAACAUUAGGACUUUUUCUUACUGAUCAGCCCUACAGAAGCCACAGGGAAUAAUACUCAAACACUACCAUGAAUGAGAAGGACCCUUCACAGACUAAAGCCAAAAUGUCCCCUUUACCCAUUUGUAUCUGCAUCCUACUACUUCCUUCCCCUCCCUGAACACUGCUCAGCGGCUGACCUGUCCUCCUCCUCCUGAAUCCCAAUAUGCACAGCUCAGAAACCCUGUCAUCAGAGAGCCCCAGGCUCCUUUUCUGGUCAUGUCCAAUGUAGCCGUCUUUCUUGGACCACUAGACCCCAAAUCACUGAGACUUACUGUUAAUUAUGAAUGCUGAACCUUAGCUUAGACUUAUUUCUAACUAACUUUUUUUUCUUUAACUUAAAUUAACCCAUUUCUAUUCAUCUAUGUGCUGCCCUGAGUGAGGCUCAUUUACCUCCUCUACAUACUGUUCAUCGUGCUUUCCUGCUUCUUCCCUGGCAGGCUGGCUGUCUAGCCCCUGACUGGCUGACUCCCCUUUUCUCUCUGCCAACCAGCCCCACUUAUUCCUCCUCUGCCUAGCUAUUGGCCAUUCAAUUUUUUAUUAAAUUAACCAGGUACCUUAGGCAAGUAAGGUAAAACAGCAACACAUCUUUACAUCAUUAAACAAAUACAGCAUAAACAAACACAACACACCUUUACAUGGUUAAACAAUUAUUCUGCCACAUGUCUUUACAUAGUUAAACAAAUAUUCUAUUCCACGAGAACCCUAUCUAAAAAGGGGGGCAGUAGAAGGGGAAAAGGGUGAGACAAUAGCUCAUUCACAGUGCUUACCUUGCAUAUCCUAGUUUCAAUCUCUAAAGUAAAAAAAUAAAUCUACAAACUCAAAUAGUCUGGUGGUUUGGAACUGUUUAAAGACAUUAUAUACCAAAAAUUGCCACUGUAUUAAAAGGUGACCUUAAUGAUUAGUAAUGGAUUACUCAUUCAUUUAUAAGCAUACUGUGAUAAGUUCUGAGAAUAAAAUAAUAGGUGAAAUAAA